AUGGCCCUGGAUAAGGCCCCUUGGAAGGUGGGGGUGGUGGGCUAUGGCCGCCUUGGACAAUCCCUUGUCUCCCACCUUCUGGCUCAGGGACCCGAACUGGGCCUAGAACUUGUUUUUGUUUGGAAUCGUGACCCAGGACGCAUGGCAGGGAGCGUGCCCUCUUCUCUGCAGCUCCAUGAUCUUGCUGCCCUUGGGGAAAGGCACCCUGAUCUUGUGGUAGAAGUGGCCCAUCCCCAAAUAAUCCAUGAAUCUGGGGCACAAAUCCUGCGCCAUGCCAACCUCCUGGUGGGGUCCCCCUCAGCCCUGGCUAACCAGACCACAGAGAGGCAGCUCCUGGGGGCCUCACACCGCUGGAACCAUGCUGUGUUUGUGGCCCGAGGGGCUCUAUGGGGGACUGAGGACAUCAGCAGAUUGGAUGCAGCUGGAGGCCUCCAGAGCCUCCGUGUCACUAUGGCCACACACCCGGAUGGCUUCCGGCUCCUGGGACCCCUGGCUUCAGCCCACAUCACUGGGCCUCGCACUGUGCUCUAUGAAGGUCCUGUCCGUGGCCUCUGCCCAUUUGCCCCUCGAAACUCCAACACCAUGGCAGCCGCUGCCCUAGCUGCCCCUAGCCUGGGCUUUGACAAUGUGAUCGGGGUGCUUGUGGCAGAUCUCAGCCUCACAGACCUACACGUUGUGGACGUGGAGCUGAAAGGCCCCCCAGGCCCCUCAGGCCGAAGCUUUGCUGUCCAAACCCACCGAGAGAACCCUGCCGAGCCAGGCGCUGUGACUGGCUCCGCCACUGUCACAGCCUUCUGGCGCAGCCUCCUGGGAUGCUGCCAGCUUCCCUCCAGGCCUGGGAUCCAUCUCUGCUGAGAAGCCUCUUUCACCCUUGAGGACAUCUUGUCUGACUGAUCUCUCCACACCUCUGCCCCACUCUUGUCCCGGCCGCACUUUCCCAGGACUCCCUACUGUCACAGUAAACCAGAGACUUUUCCA